UGGUCCCUUUCAACUCACCCCCCUUCUGCUGUCCCCUGAGCCCACCUCGUCUGUUAUUCCCUCUUAACGUUCACUCAGUCAACCUCCUGUUUCCCUUUGAAGAGGCUCUGCUCUGAUUUCCCCAUGUUUUGACUCUGGAGAGAAGAGGGAAAGUGAAGGAAACUCUUGUACGAGUAUAUAGUGUAGUUUAUAGGGAAAGAGAGUUAGAGAGAAGAGCCUAAAGGGGGCUUUGCAGCCUUUGCCGCUGUCGAUCAGGAGUAGCUGAGUGGAAGAGCCCCCGCUCAGCAGCCGGUCUUUUCCUGCCUGCUGGCCUUUCUGUCAUCUGUCCAUGCAGUAAGGGGAGAGAAGAACAGAGCAGGCUAGAGAAAGUUGCCUCAUCAGGAUUUGCAGUCUUUGGACUGUGAUAGUUAUUUUUGAGUGGGGUGUUUGGGGAGGUUAGGGGUGUUAAGACUGCAGGUGGUGCUAGGGAGUUUGUAUUGCCAUGCAGCAAGCUUGGGAUCGGACAAGUAGCACUGAGAGUGUCAAGAAAGGCCAUACAAAAAUGCUGGGAAAAGGACAAAGUGGCGGAUACCCCCCUGAGACAACAAGUGAACUCUUGCAGAGCAUCAGUGCGGUGCCUGUGGACAGCAGCGAUAAGAAGGCCCUUCAGGUGGGGGGCCAGCUGCCAGCAGGGCCUCAGCAGCAGAACCAGCAGCUCUUUCUGACCCCAGCCAGCCUCCAGCUCGCUCAGCUCCAGGCCCAGCUUACCCUCCAUCGCCUCAAACUGGCUCAGGGGGGCAAUACAGCCACUGCUGCCACUGUUCUCAAUCAGGUUCUUUCAAAUGUCGCCAUGUCCCAACCCCUGUUCAAUCAGCUACGGACUACGACUAUGGUUGGGAAUCCUCAGGGUGCCUUCCCCACAGGGGUGCUAGGUUUUCCCUCUGCAAAUUCAGCCUUGGGUACCUUGGUGGGUGGGGGAUUCAACCAAAACCCAGGAAAUGUGAGAUUAAAUCAUCCUGGUGGAGGGGGCACAGUGGGUCAACAUGGUGCAGAAUAUGGUAAAAAGUCAGGGUCAGCUUACCCCUCUGAUACCGACAGGCGUCUUCAGUACAACUUAGUUGGAGGGACAUCUGCAGCAUCAGCCACGGCUGGUGAUGGGCAGUACUCAGCGAUUAACACUCAAGCAAAAAACAUGAACAGUGUUGGCUUCCAGAGAGAUUUCUGUGGGCAGGAUAUGCUGGGGCACCAAACUGGGUUCAGUGUUAAUGAGCAGAACAUGAAUGUUUAUAACUCCACUGGGCAUAAGGAACAAUGGAAAUUCCCUGCUAACCUGAGUCACACUGGAAAGGCGGAUAUGGUUUCUAAUGCUGCCAACGUGUGGACAGCAGCUGGACAACCAAUUCGGUCCAGAACGGAACUGUAUAACCCUGAGGAGCCGACCCCUGACCCCAAGUUCAAUCCCAGUAGUGGGGUUUCCUCCUUCGGUCCAAGUGGCACACAGGGGUUUGGGGGCUACCAGCCCCUGCAUGGAAGCGAGGAAAACCAAUCUUCAGGUGUCCGAACACUUCAGCCUUAUCAAGUCAACGAUUACCAUGCUGUCACACCCACGCAACUGCCACACCAGUGUAGCAUCUGUGACAAGAAGGUCUACAAUCUCAAGGACUGGGACCAGCAUGUGAAGGGAAAACUACACCUGCAGAACCGAAUGUUGUACACAAAAGAGAGCUCCGCAGGAGUAUCAGCUGGAGCUGUUCACUACGCUGUCGGCAGGCCUUCUGAUGGAGGUCUGAACACCGGAGGAACAAAUUCCAUGGUCUACUCUGCUCCUAGUCAAGAUGUAUCCUCAGGAGCCAAUACAUCAUACUUACCAGCUGCAGCCAUGAAGACUUAUCCCAUGUCAGACACCGGAUUUUCCUCUCACCAGCCAGAGUCAAAGCCAUUUCCGCCCAGAAAGGCCACAGUGGGGCGAGUCGUUCACAUCUGCAACCUCCCUGAAGGCAGCUGCACAGAGAAUGAUGUCAUUAACCUGGGAAUAUCCUUUGGCAAAGUCACCAACUAUAUCCUCAUGCGCUCUACCCAUCAGGCAUUUCUGGAGAUGGCGUAUGUUGAAGCAGCUCAGGCCAUGGUUCAAUACUAUCAACUUACUCCAGCUACGAUCAACAAUCAGAAACUUCUCAUACGAAUGUCUAAGAGGUACAAGGAGCUGCAACUCAAGAAACCAGGUAAAGAUGUUCAAUCGAUCAUCCAGGAUAUCAGUUCUCAGCGGGAAAGGGACGAGAUGCAAGAACUUGAACACUACAUGCCAGAGAGGGCACGCUCCCGCAGCCCUAUCAGCCGCUCUCUGAGUCCUCAUUCACACAGCCCCAGUUUUACAUCAUGCAGCUCAGCCCACAGCCCCCAGGGGGCAUCAUGCAGGGGUCCAGAGAGAGGCAGCAAUGGCCUUGGCCCCCGCCGGGGCUCUUGGGAUUGGUCAUCACACUUGAGAAGGGCUGAGGACGAAAGGGAGAGGGACGACCCAUGGAGGAACGGGGGCAGCGUGGAAGACGAUCGCCCUAAUGGACGGACAGUCGACCGUCGGAAGGCUUACCAGAAACCCUUAGAUCACAUCAACUCGAGAUCUGCAGAUGAGCGAGGAGGAGGAGGAGGAGGUGGUGAAGGGAUGAGGGGCAACAGAGACUGGCACCCGAGGGGCAGCCCUCAAGGCAUGUCCUUCAACUCUUACAGGAACAUGGAGGAUGACUUCUACAUGAAGGAACAAAUGUACAAGUCAGACAAGCCGCCCAGACCUCCAUACCAAAGACAUGAUGCAAAGGCAAAGAGGAGGGAUGCUGGUGACUACCACAGUAGAUCGAGGCAUUCUGAGUUUGAGAUGACCGAGGAGUCACUUCGCAGAACACUAGAAGACAAGAGGCAGAGUUCACCAGACAGGGGCAGGAGCAAAAAGACAAGUAGGAGGCACACCACGGCGGAAAAACAUGAGCGAGAGCAUGCUACUGAAAACACUGAUCGUCAGUCAAAAGAGAAAUCUGUGUCACCUCAGCAAAGUAAUAAGCCAAAAGAGACAACUGAAUGUAGUAAAGGUAGAGACACUGUGAAGGAGUGGGAAAGUGGAGAUGACACUGAUGAAGAGUGUUGGUAUCCUAAGAACAUGGAGGAGCUGGUCACUGUAGAUGAAGUGGGAGGGGAGGAUGAUUCCAUUAUUGAGCCAGACCUUCCUGAGCUGGAAAAGUACGCAUCCUGCACCAAAGAGUCUGUAGAGGAAGAUGCAGUGGAGAAGCAGAUACUACCACCUACUUCUUCCUCCUUGGAGGCGCAGGAGGCAUCUAAAGAGAAGUCUAAUCAGGAAAAGUUCAGUGAGGAUGCUGGUGACCACGCAGAAACAUCUGUAACUGAGAAACCAGAGAAUGUUUUAACUGCAGCCAGUGCUAAAGAGCAGAAACUCCAGUGGCCCCAGUGUCCAGUGGCUCCUGAGCUACCAGCCACUAACCUUAGUGACUUCCCCAAUGAGGAGUUCAAGGCUGCGCUGGAGGAGACAUGUUCAGAGGAUAAAGUAACCAAAAGUGGGACAUCAGAAGAGUCAAUGGAAAAUCACAUGGAUGGAUCAAAGGACAGCAAACCCCUGGAAGAAGGACAGGUCACGGAAACUAUAAAUAUUGGAGCUCAACAUAAGGAUGGCAGUCUUAAAAGAGAGAUCGAGGCCCCUUCGCCAUCUUGUGAGCAAGGUAAAGCUGUCAGUGAACACAGCAUCCCUUUGGGAGUGGAGUUCAUCGUGCCGAGGACCGGCUUCUACUGUAAACUGUGCGGACUUUUCUAUACCAGUGAGGACACCGCGAAGACCACUCACUGCCGCAGCACUGUACACUACAGGAACCUACAGAAAUACCUGUCCCAGCUGGCAGAGGAGAAUCUGUCGGGCGCGCUUGAUGAACCUGCGGCUGCACAGUGACAUCAGCUAGCAGCAGAGGAAAGAUUCAUGUAUGUGUGCUGUUGGUGCAAGGCUGCGGACAACAACAGCGUGGAUAAUGUGACACAUGGAAGCUAGAGUGUGUGGACAAUUGCACUGGUUUUGAUAUUUUGGGGCAGGGAUGCUUGAAUGUCUUGAAUGGCACUGACUGUCCCAGCUAUAGAGGCUCUCAAUCUUGUACAUACCUGAAGUGUCAUGUAUAGAAAGGCUACAAUAUUUAAUUGCAAUGUUUGGGGGGUUUAUACAUUUUCUUACAGUUUAUUUAAUUAGAUUGUGUGUGAUAUUUUUUGGAAUGGGAAUGUAUUUACAAUGACUGUAAUUACUAAGAAGCUUUUUCAGUAAGGGCUUAUGUCAGUCCCUUCUCUGAGUUUAUUUUAAUUAUACUCCUAGCAACAGUCAUAAUUUUACAACUGCAAAAUGACUUGGAAUAUGUGCCAAGGAAUGUUUUUACUCAGUUAAAAAAAACUGAGGCUGAUUCUCAGGUUUGUUGUAUUUGUUGAAUAGAUUUUAAGUACACGACAUUUACAUUUUUAUUUAUAUCUGGGGCUUUAAAGACUCUUGCUCAAUGUCUUUUAUCUUGUGCCAGUUUGUGCACUACAGUAUCUGUCUGUCAGGUGAAAAUGUACAUCAUUUGGAUUGAUAAUGAUGCAACUAUGCAAAAGACCUUUAUUUUCUGGAAGUUUUAUGUUGGAUUUAAUUCAAUAAGACAAUCCCAGUCAUAUUUGCCAAUAUAUUUAAUGCCUUAAAUAUUGAAGACCUUAAACUGGACCAUGUAUUUAAUUUAUCAGUUAAACAUUUCAUGUUACAGUGAUUUCUUCAGGAUUAUCAAGCCAGAAAUUGUUUUUGUAUACUGUGAAUACUGAUCCUGUGACAUCAAUGAUAGCGUUGUUUUCUUUGACAAACUUUUCAUAUGAUUUUUUUGAUGCAAAAAAAACCUUCAAUAAACAUUUUAAACUUGA